CAUAUUCGGUUACGCAACAAGAUUUUAAAUAUUCACAAAUAAUCCUGAACGAUUCUUUUUCCCUUAAGCCAAAUUACGCUUUACUUGACUUUCUUUUCACUUUACCGGACCAGCUUAACAGGAUCGACGCUGAACCAGUCAACAAUCAGUCAACCUCAACCGCAAAGAACCAAGCGAAUGACCGAAUAUAGAUACAGACAGAGAUAUAAAGGUAUUGUCUGAUAGAUGGUAUGAGGAGCCUUCUUUUUUCUCCAAGCCCUAAGGAAAUAUGCAUGCGGCAAAAAUCACGCCUUUCCUUCAGGGGGGUUGUCUCAAAGAAGUCGAACAGUAACGCGUAACGAGAUACCAAACGACCAAGACGGCUCAAGUCCUCAGUGUGUUUGGCUGUAGGGCGUCGGAGGCUGCUUGGCGGGCGGGCAGCAUCGAUACUUCCUCAUGGGCAGCGAGACGGCGAGGAGAGGAGAAGGAGGAGGAGGUGGAGAAGGAGGAGGAGGAGGAGGAAGGGCGGGUACAAGUAUUCAGGUUGUCAGAGCCCCGGGGAGGGAGACCCACUUGUUGAUCUUUCCCCUCGGCGGCCAAUGAGCGCUCAGGAUUCAUAUCAGAGCUCAAACACAUUAGUGAUUGGCUGAACGGUGUAGCGACGCGGCGAGGCGAUUGGCGGAAUGGGAAUGUACGUCAGCGAUGCCCCGCCCCGUUGGCACUGGGAUGGGCCGGGCGAGGGGCGAGGGGCGGCUUGGAGUGCCACAAUACCCUCGCUUGGCCGGUGGUUCCCCUCAGCGCCCCGCUCUCUUGCGCCGCCGGAGUGUUGAGGUCCCUGAGGCAGUGGUGGUGGUGGUGGCAGGCGGAUCUUCGCGUCAGUCAAGGUCGCCGCACAAUUUCCUGUCGUCAGAGGUGGUGUUGAAGGUCUUGGUGGCUAUUCGUGACUCUGAGAGCGGUAACUGGUGCUUCUGGAGGCCUGGCUACACCGGUGCUCCUCGCCAAGUGCUGGUGUACCUCAGGACGGCCACGGGUACUCUCACACACCUCCAGGGAUUACGAAGGGCAGACGGUACUGGUGGUGAAGGUACUGGUGACUCUUACAGCGGUGGCGUGUUCUUAGCGAGCUCCGGCCACUAGUGCGCAUCACCAAGUGUUGGGAGAACUGCAGCUGUGAUUAUACUUGCUGGCGUUCCGAAGGGUGGUUCCUGGUGCCUCAUUCUCCGUGUGUGGGGUAAAGAAACGAUCAUUGGUAUACUAAACGCUAAUCAGAAACACUUGAAAUAUGGAUGCUUAUUUAUGAUUCAACGCUUGCAGCGAAAAAAAUAUUGAAGAAACGGUCCCUGAUACGAAACACUAAGACAGACACACUUGAUAUACGGAAACUUACUUAUGCUUCAACGAACGCAGCGAAAGAAAAUACUGAAGAAAUGAUCACUGGUACUUAACACUAAACAGAAACACUUGAAAUACUAAAACUUACUUCAGCUUCAACGCUUCAACGCUACUAAUAUUGACCAUCCAUCUCUAACUCGUACACUUAAGAAAAAUACUGCUACAGUGUCUAAUCACCCUCGUGUAGUGACAUCUUCAGUGAGAGUGCCUAAGAGUGACAUGCUUUAGUGCUGCAAUGGAUUCAGUGAUCAUCCGCGGACCUAGGACAGCCCUCAGACUCUCGCUACAAUAACACCGAUUUCCACGCCUCUUUCUUCCUCUCUUCCUCUCUCUCACACACAAGCACCAACGAACGAACACCUCCCUGCAAAGAUAUACAAGGCAACAAGACCCUGCUACCAGUCUGUCACCCCGUAGACUUCACAGACACCCUCCAGGCCACGCCAUGGACCAGACCAUCAUGGGCGGGGGCGGCAUGGCCCUCCCCGUGGCCACCAGCGGGAGCAUGAUGGCCCUGGGGUCCUCUCUAGCCACCCUUGCACCCUUAGAGCCAUCCCGGACCUCCCCCUACCCAGGUCUUCUCCCGGGGGCCGACUGGGGCUUCCAAGAGAGCACAGACAUCACCAGGGACUACGGGGGGCUCUUCUCCUCGUCCUUCGUCGAGUACGGCCUCCCGCCCAUCCUCCCGCGGACUCCUACACCACACGAGGCCCUCCACUCCGGCCACGACCUCGCCUACAGCCACUACCCCGCGCCGCCCGAGUACCCCGCGCCGCUCACCCCGGAAAGUGACCAACCCUCGGACGGAAGCGGCUCCCCGACCUCCUCCCCGCACGCCGUCCUCCACCCCCUGCCUCACUUCACCUCCGUCGGGCACUACACCUCCAACGCGCAGUCCCUAGCCGCCUACCUCCCCCCGGGCCACGUGACCACCUUCAGCAGCCUGUCCCCGCCUACCGACGACCUAGCCAGCCUGACCUCCGUCCUGCCCAGUGCCGCCGCGGCCUGCACCGACCACCACCAUCACACCCCCGCCCUCAGCCCCCUCCUGCCCAUCCCUACGGCCGGGGAGAUGGGCUUUGCGGGCCUCACCGGGGAUGUGCUCACCUCCCUUGGCUCCCUGGUGUCU